GAUAUCAGAGACCUCUGGGAAAUUAGGGUUUUCCUAACUUUUCUUAUUUAAACGGAAAUCGACAGUGCGAAUUUCAGUUCCCACAAGCGGUUUCAAAAUGUUUCCUAAAUCUAUUAAAUCUUUUUUAUUUCCUUUUUAAAUAUUGUUCCCUAAAUUUGAGUCUUGUUCAUUGGACGACGGGAUCCAUGGUUGAUGAUUGGCUGAAAUGACGUUAAGCUUGGUUUGUGCCUGUGAUGCCAAUUAUAAAGACUAAUAAUAUCGUUUCCCAAUUGGUUAGCAGAUUGAAAUGUUCACAUAACUGAUCUCGAGAUUGAGAUUCCAAUUGAUGUAUUGAUGGCUUACGAUUGAUGAAAAUCCAGAUGGUUCUGUCAAAGAAAUGGUUCUUGAUGGGAUUGUACCUUCACCAUUAAGGAGACACCAGUCUCUAAAGAAGCAGUGGGAAGAGUUGGGAAGCUGCUCCACGGUUAUUAACAGGCAUCGAUAUCUCUUAACAGCAUUGCUUCUUUUGGCCUUCCUCUGCACUGUUUAUCUUUACUUUGCUGUCACUUUAGGUGCUAGGCACUCCUCCUGUUAUGGCUUGACUGGGAACGACAAGGCUGUCUGUCAAAGCCAUCUCUAAAGGGAAACUCAAAUUGUUUUAAUACAUUGUUCUUGUACUACU